AUGUCUUCUAACAACAACAAUACCAAUAACAAGAAUCAACAUAAGUUUAAGCGUCCUGAUGUUUCUGUCAGAGAUAAGAAGCUAGACACUUUAAAUGUUCAAUUGAAGAAAGUUGAUCAAGAAGUUUCUUUAUUAAGAAAGCAAAUUGAUCAAUUUCAAAUUAAUGAUAAGACUUCAGAUGCUAGAAAGAAUUUACAAAAUCAAAAUAAAGAAAUCAUUAAGACUCAAGCUGAUUUAAAGAAUCGUAGAAAUACUAUUCAUGAAAAUAUUAAACAAUUAGAUGCUCAAAUUAGAAGAAAAAAUAAUGAUAUCGCUGAAAAAAUUGGUAAAAAAAAUAAAUAUAAUACUAUUGCCGAUGCUAAAUUAAGAAUUAAUGAAAUUGACGAAUUGAUCGGUACUGGUGAUUUAUCAAUUGUUCAAGAAAAAUUAAUGAUUAAGGAAAUUCAAUCAUUAAAUAAAUUAAUGAAAGAUUUAUCUCUUGUUGAUCCAAUUAAGAAAUCUUUAGAUAAUGAUAAGACUAAGAUUACUCAAUUGAAAGAAGAAUUAACUUCUCUAAAUUCAAAAGAAUUAUCAAACACUUUUGAAACUAAUCAAAAGAAAUUGGAUGAUAUGCAUGCUUCUUCUCAAUCCAUGUAUGAUAAGAGACAAGUUUUAUUUAACAAGCGUUCUGCUCUAUAUAAGAAGCGUGAUGAAAUUUAUGGUCAAAUUAGACAAAUUAGAAAUGAUUUCGAUAAUGAAUUCAAAGCUUUCAGAGCUAAGAUAGAGAAUGAACGUCAAAGACGUGAAGAAGAUGAAUUAUUAUCUAAAUUGAUUGAAGAAAAAGAUGGUAAACUUGGUAAAUUACAAGAAAAAUUAAACCAUGUUAAAGUUCCAGCUUUCACUUAUGAAAUUGAAGCCAUUGAAAAUGCUUUAGUCGUUCUUGAUCCAACUUAUGAAAAACCAAAGAGAACUACUACUUCUGUAGUUGAUAACAAGAGCGAUGCUGCUCUAGAUACACAUCAUGCUGUCACUAAGGUUGAAAAUAAUGAUUUAGUUAGAGUUGAAAAAGUUCAAGAUCUUGGUCAUUUGAAUACUGCCCCAUCUAAGUCUAAGAAACACAAGAAGAAGCAACAAAAACAACAAAAGGAAGCUGAUCAAGGUGCUUUCAACAAGGUCGAUGGUAAAUUCUCCCUAGAACCAACUUUGAUUGCUACUUUAGCUGAAUUAGACGUUACUGUUCCAAUUAGUGCUGAUGAUGUUACCAAGAGUAUCGAAGAACUAAAGGUUAAACACGAAGAUUUCUUAACCAGACAAGAAGAACAAACUAAGAUUAACAUCGAAACUGUUGAAACUGAAAUCGAACAAGUUAAAAAGGCCUACGAUGACAAAGAAGUUCAAAUUAAAGAAGAACUAGAAGCUAAGAGAGCCAAGGAACAAGCUGAAACUACCGAAGAAAAUUAA